UUAGAGAGACAGAGAGAAAGAAAAGAAGGCUUGAAUAGAGACGCCGGCAGGUGCAGAGGAAAGGACUAGUCUGCAGAACAGAAACAGGGUGCAAAAUAUCAGGGUGAUAAGAGAAAAGUGGGCUAAAAGAUAUAUGAAAAGACGAGAAAGCAGUCAGACUUCUCUUAUCUGCUUGUUUUUUGGACAAAGCUGGAGCUUACUUACUUAAUUUUCAAGCCACCUUCCUUCUCUGUUAUACGGAUAUUCCGUUCCUGUUCCUUCCCUUCUUGUGCUCAUCUUCCUGUCCUACUUGGCGAUAGAUAGUGCCACCAUGGAAACUGGGAGUCCAAGAAAGAUACAGUUCACCGUGCCCUUACUGGACACCCACCUGGACCCAGAGGCAGCUGAGCAAAUCAGAAGACGAAGACCCACACCUGCCACUUUAGUGGCAUCCAGUGAUCAGUCAUCACCCGAAAUAGAUGAGGAUCGACUCCCAAACCAGUUGUACAAGGCAGCCCUGUUGAACUCCCCUCGACAAAGACGAAAAGGGCAAAAGGGAACACCAACAAUGAAAGAGCUUCAGUUCUUGGUAGAGCACCACCUGUACCGGCAGCAGCAAGGAGCAGCAGAUGAAUGUUCUUCAGAGAGCUGCUUAUCUGACCGACCCAGUCCUGACUCUGUUCCCACUGGAGAGGAGCUCCCACACGACGACGAGGCCACUGUAGAGGCAUUUGAGAAACUGCGCUGCCAAAUGGAGGAGUUCUCCAGGGAAAACCUAUUAGAGGCUGCUGGUGGACGUGAAUGUGCCCUGUCCAAGGAGAAGGAGGAUUGUUCCAGUGCUGCCAGUGCAGCAGAUCCCUCAUCACAACAAAGGAAUGUACUAGCAGAGUCAAAAGCAGGAGCAUCCAGUGCAAAUCAACCAGCAGAAGAGGAGAUGAAGAAAUGCAUCCUGGAGAAAGAGAAAUAGGGCCUGCUGCAGCACAAUGUCAUUCAGUCUGCUCUGUCAGCCCAACACAAUGACAAAAGAUUGUGUCUGCAGAUUCACUUAUUAGUAACAUCAGGGCAUCUUAAUUCCUCUACAAUCAAGCCUUAGUUACCACCUCUAGAACAGGAACAAAUAUUUCUACAUUUAUUUUGUGAGAAAAUAUUCUGGCUAAAGGGACAAAUAAAAAAUAUAUUUCUUUGUUCAGCUUUCCCUGCACUAAUCUAAAACUAGCCAACUGUAUGUAUAAACGUCGGAUAGAAUUUCUUCUCUCAGCCACAUUGUCAUCAUCUUACUCUUCCACAACUGACAUGCUUAAUGUUGCAUUUAGUGGCAACCAUCACACUUUUUACAAUCCUCUUAAAUGUUUUUGUUCUUAUUAAACAUGUGCCAUGACUUCAGCAACUAUAGUUCCAUCUUGAAGCAAUAAAACUGCAUCUGCACCUCAUUAAAAAAGCUGGAGCUAAAAACAUCAAUUUAAAAUAAAAUGUCAUUGCCCAGCCCCAUCCAGUUUCAUAACUGUUAUUUAGGAAGGUAGGACAGGGUUGACUGACAGCUUCCAAACACAUAUUUGCAUAUUUAUACACCAUUGGAUUGGACAUCAACAAAUAGUCGUGAUAAUUCCAGCUGAGAUUAACAGCUGCUUCAGCACAUUAAGCUGUGAUGUGGUUCAUAAAUGAGUCAUUCUGCAAAUAUUAAAAAAAGAAAAUAGUAGAAAAUGAAAAUGAAGUGAUAGCAGAUUUCCAGACUGUCUCACAGAAUGUGACAUGACUGCGAUGAUUCUCUUUUAGGAGGUGUAAGAGCUGAAAUAUGUUCCCAGUCUAUUGAGCAUUUAUGCUUGUAACUACAGUAACGUUUCUGCUAUGAAUGCUUCCAAAACGAGGAUGACUAAGAGCUUCGUGCUGUGCCUGAAUGUUUACGGUGUGACACAAAUAGAGCACUGGAUCAGCUGAAAUCUACUACUUACACCUUCUGUGUAAAAACAGUUCAUAAUUUUUCUUUAUUUUCUGAUUAUUAAAAUUUUAACUAUUAAAGAGUGAAAUAACAGUGUUAACAUGUUAACGGCUAAUCUUAAUAAUCAUUUAUUUCAAUCUUAACUAUCCAUGUCUAGUAUGGAAAGACCUUAACAGGUUACUUAAAUUAGCCUACUCAGCCCGAGCAACAGAAAAGUAGCUCAGUUUAUCACCUGUAGUAUUAAAAUUGUCCAGGGCUAUCGUAAUGAAAGAUUAUAUACCUUUUUCUUGAAAAACAAAUUAAAACCUCAAAGAAAAACAUAUUUCACUUCAUUCUGCUUUACAAUGAUUUCCUAGGAAACAACACAACCAGUCAAAUCAUUAAAUAUAUAAACAGAUUUUAAUUUCACAUUACUACUCCACCUUGCCACUUUUUUGUUUCCCAGUGGGCAACUGUGUUAUUGUGACAAAAAGAGUCAACAACAAGCAAAAAUGUAUUCCCUUUAUCAUCAACUUAAAGCAUUUUCAUCAAGAUGAACAAAACAUAUUAAGAACUAUUGCUAAGACAGUUUUUACACUUUAUCAUACAGAUAAAGCCAAUUAUAGUUGCUUUAUGUAAAGGCAAUUUGUUUUCCAGCCAAUUCUAUGCCAGAUCGUUCUCUAAAAAACAAACACAACACUCCCACUGGUUGGAACAUUUAUUGGCUACAUCUGCAGAUAUGUAAUUGGUGAUAAAGGCUCAGGUUAUUGUCAAUCAAAGAGAGAAGCUGACAAGCACCCAGAUGAAAAGAAGCAUUUAUAUUUCCUUAGUAGCCAUUAUUAUUUAUUUUAAUCAUAUAAAAUUAAAUUAAUGUUUACUGUAAGAGUGGCUACAUGCAAUUUCAGUUGGACUUCUUUACUUAAAAAUUAAUGCUUUCAUUCUUUGGACAGGGUGAGGCGUUAUUAGAAUAUUCAAAAUAACCACAAAAAUAUGUCUGUUUACAAAAAUACACUGAAAUACACAAGACUGAUACACCAUAUUGCUGUAAAUGUGUAAUUGACCAACAGGGUUUGUUACAGAGGACUGUGUUUGCAGAUGAAUUUACAUAGUUUGGAUUAACAAGCAAAAAUCCUAGCUCCAGUGAGCAAAAUAACAUCUUAUUUUUGACAAAUGAAUGCUUAUAAAGAGCCCAAACCCUUGUCUUAGAACACUGUACUGCAUGACACUGAACGUACAGUGAAAACAGUUUUUUUUCCUGACUUGAUGCUUCACUUUGUACAGAAACAAAUUUAAGCAACCAGUUAAACAUUUAUAUUCCAAAUCCAAAAUGUAAUUGCUGCAUUCUCUUUUAUUCUCUAGUUUUGUAUAUUUUAAAGAAAUUAUAAAGUCAUCACCACACUCAUAAAAAGUUUGUCAUCCAUUUUCACUGAAGUGAUAUUAUCGUGUCGAUUUUGUGACAAUCCUUCCAUUAUCUUCACUAGACAUGUCUAAAAGAAACUUACCAACAAAAGUAAAACAGAGAACUGAAACUCACUAAUGGUGUCACUAUAUCAUUAGUUUAUUUGACAGUUGCAACAAUGGCCACUUUCUCCACAAUGAACAACAAAAAAAAUGUACAUUCCUGUGUAUUCUUUAUUUUUUUCUUUUGCUGUGUAUUUAUGGACCAUGUAAUGUUUGUUGUGCUUUUGAAUUGUUAUGGGGUACUUUACAUUAAUUAAAUCUGGGGAGUUUUUGUUCUAGUUUUACUUUAAUUGAUAGAUGAUUACAUCUGUAAUCCAAAUUUCUUUGAUACAAUAAAAUGUUUAAAUUGCU